AUGGGAGAUAAUAUGGCGCGGCUGGCACCUGCCUUGGAACGACUGCAGGACGACGUCACGGACCUAGCUAGUAUAUUGUAUUCGGAGACCCCUUUUUCUGAGCGCAAUCACGCCGUACUGAAUAUCCUGACUGAUUCCCUCGAGCAAUGCGUUUGGAAGGCCUCAUGCUCGCGGAUCCGUCGCAUACCAUCGACCAAAGAGCUUUGCGAGGACAUAGAGUAUCUACAGCACUUGCUCCGCACAGACGAGUCUAUCGUCUCGAUUAGAGCCGCAUGCUCUAAGACAGAGCACCUCAUCAUUGCUCCGUCUCCCAGUGCCCAGCAGCGCGAAACGGUUCAAGGCGCCGAGUGGUGCCGGCUUGAGGAGAAUGUGGAGACGCUGCAGCUUUACUCUGAAAAGGUCGAAGCCAACGAUCUACUGCUCAAGUGUGUCGAAAGGGAGAAAUACCUGAGAUUAAGAGAAGUUCGCAGCAGGGUCGACGAGCAACGCAAUCAGGAGUCUCUCGAGCUAGCGAAAAUCCGGUUCGACGAUGCGGAACAAGCUCGUCUUAUCGAGUGCCGUCGGUUGACGCGCGAGAUUGAAGCUCUCCGUUGUAGUGCUGAUCAGCAGCAGCGCAACGUUGUCGAGGACACCGCUAGCCUAACUGAUAUGAUCACAAGAAAUAAGGGAACAAUACAGGUGCGCGCGACAACUUCCUGUCAAUGUCCGAGGGUGAUUGGGUUCAUCAUCGAACAGGCGCUCUUGAGCGAAAUUCAGGCGCGGAUCAUGGCGCUUAAGCUAAGCAGCAAUCCUAGAGCGCAACUCAAACGCGCAGUAUGCUUCCGCAGACCAUUGGCACCCAUGGUCGUGUCGGCACCCAUCAGCCGUCCCUACCGCGGAAUGCCGGGUCCGUACACCAUCAAUCUCAUGGUCCAUCUACGCGGCACCAUAGCGCUCAUGGGCUUACUUCGCGACAGCGAGACGGAGCUGAAGCUCAAUCGUUACCUGAAGGCAAAGGAAUACCACUCGCCGCCUCGGAAAAGGACCGUACGGAUGGCUUCUCAACAUCUGCCAGUAUCCCGUUGCGAGAAGCGGCUCUCAUCAGAGCCGUACCAACACAGCGCGGUGCGCAAGAAUCGGAUGGGCGACAGAGGUCAAUCUGUCAAGACGGAAUGGAUGGGACUCGCGGGGACUCCUGGAAAGUUGCACUCUCAACGUGAGGGAGUAGCCCAUCUCCGAUCCGUCUCUCUGGAUCUUCCCCGGGGAUUGAACCAGCUGGGCAACACGUGCUACCUCAACUCUUUACUUCAGUUCCUCUACACAAUCAAUCUUGUGAGAGACGCAAUCCGUAGCAUGACCUCGGAUCUCGUUUUUGGCCAAACAAUCAGAACAAUACCCGACAGCAAAAUUGAGAACUAUCGGGUGGGCGGCAGGUUAAUCAAGCGGUCGGAAAUUCUGCGGUCCAUGGAAUUCGUCAAUGAGCUCGCGGACCUCUUUAACCGACUGCAGAGCGAUAUGCAGCCUUCCGUCACGCCCAGCGUUACCCUAGCAAAACUUGCUCUGACCACCGGAAACAACGUGGAGAAUAACUGCGGCGAGAUAUGGUCGGUUGACAGGGAUGGAGACGUCGCAAUGUGGAACGUGGGCCCGCUUAGGGACGACCAGCUGCUUUUGGGCAAUCAGCAGGACGCCUCGGAGUGCAUGGAUCAGUGCACUUUUCAAAUCGAGGUUGCUAUUUCGGUAUACCAGGACGGGCGUAUAUCAAACCCCGGGAUCGAAGUGAAGUCUUUUCGGCGGCUAUUCUAUGGCACCUACAAGCAAUCCUUCGCCGCUUCUUUGCGAGAUGAACUUGCUCCACUUGGCAGCGACAUACACGGACGCGAGGUCCCUUAUACGUAUUUGCCCCUGAGCAAUCUGGAGGACGGUAUCGAAAUCCAUGACGGCCUCGACGAUUUUUUCUGCGACGAUGUCCAAUUAGAAGGCGUGCCAUGCAGGCUGAACAGGGAGCUCGUCGACGUGCCACUCCUCCUGCAGGUCCGGCCUCAGCGUGUACUGUUUGAUCGCAAACAUCUUCGACCUUACAAGGACCAGAGCUACGUCAAAUUCGGGGAAGCCCUGUAUCUGGACCGCUAUAUCCGUGGUGGGGAUCCACAAAGGCGUAAGAGGUAUAGGGCCAUUCAGGAUGAGCUACUCGUCUGUCGGAAUCGCCUCCGCCAGCUAAGGCAGAGCCAAACGGCCGUCGGCCCGUCCGGAAAAGUUUUGCAGAGGCGGUAUGACGACUGGAACGAAGAGAUAGGCGACGUCGAACAAUUGGCCUUCGCGCUUAGGUUAGAGCGGGAGACCCUCUGGGCUGGUGAUAGGGAUGUCGCUUACGACCUCACUGGGGUUUUCAUGCAUCAAGGUGCAGACCAUUCGUGCGGGCACUACUACUUCUACUCUCGAAACAUCCCCGCGCGUCCAGACGAGUGGUACAAAUUCGAUGACUCGCAGGUCACGAUUGUGAACAAGGCAGAGGUGCUUGCCGACACAUCUGGAACUACGGCAAAUGCGUACUUGUCUGAAUCCUUGGGACAAGCCGGGUUACAUGUCGCGUGGACUUACUCAGAACUAAUUUUUACCGAAGCCCUGUACCCUUCGCGUUCAGAGCUUGGCGGCGAGGUAUUCGAUUGGGGGAUCGAGGAAGAAAGCGAAGCUCUGCCCGAUUAUGAAGAGAUCAACAUCGAGGACUACUUCCCAAGUACCAACUACCGCGACGUCGCUGUUGGGCGGAUGCCGUCGGUCGGCCUCCUCGACCCUUCCCCCAUGAUGUCCCAGCUCCCUGGCUCAGAGCACAGCGCAUGCAGCGCUGCUCGCAUCUCCGGCGUCUGGGGCUUUCGUGGGGCGUGGACGAUCGACGGCAGUGAGAUUAGGCAGGGCGCGAUGAGGCGAGGGUCGCAGGCUGGCGCCUCCCUCCCCAGCUCCCCCUCCCGGCUCCCGCAAUCUUCGGUCUAUUCUGGCUCGCCCUCGGGCUCGAUCGACGCGUCGGGCAUCUCCCAGAAGCCUCGGCGUCAUGCUGGGGAUGCGCCGCGUCUGUGCUGGCGUGAUCUCGCGAGCGUCAGUCACGGCUGGCCUACCGCCCUUGAGAAGAUCCGUCUCUCACGCUGGCGCCAGGACCGGGGUCCCGCCGCUCCACCAACGUCUCACUCGAUCACCAUGGUCAGCAGAGACCGCCAGCGGGUUCUCAAGAGUGCUCGGCCUCGGAGCGACCUCCAGCUUGCGUUGAAUAUCCAUCUGCUAUUCGACCGUUUGCUGCUCAGACCCGCCGGUGCUUCGACGAUCACCUUACCCAACGGGAGCGAUCUCUGCAACCCGAAGAUCAACACGACGUCGAUCCUCAACUUUGUCAACGACGAGUCGGCUGCUGCGAAGCUGGUGGCCGUGCGGCUACGACAGCCGGUCCGCCUCCUCGCACGCCCUCCGAUUCGCGCGCGCCCCGUCGGGUUGUCGCCCGGCGUAGCCCGCCCAUCUUCCUUCGAUGUGAGGUACCGGUUCGUUCAGUUCUUCCCGAAACGAGCUUCAGCCGUGCAGUCAUGCAUUAUGGAUUCCUUAGUGCGCUGGGAAUAUCUCGCCCUUGUCAUGGCCUCCGACACCAUAUCCUAUACUCCGUCUCCAACUCUGACUGCGGGCCCACCUUUCGAACCUUUCCCGGUUGAUUCCCAACCCAUCGACUCAGUCUUGAUCGUUCAAGUGGGAAACGACAGGACGGCCCACAGCAGACGCCAGCUUCAGCUCAACGGCCUCAAUGAACUCAGGGAAUUCUUUCUCGCAGAGUCUGGCUAUACUGAGCCACCUGACGACAUCGAAGGGGACGAGUUCUGGUACAGGCGUGUUCGCGUGAUGUUCGACGGUACGAGCGAGCUCCUUGCUGUAGACCUCGAGUCUUGGGAUGGCCUACUCCCGCGCAUGGCAGAAAUCAUCUCUUCUUGGGCCUGCUCUUUCAUCUUGUUAUGGCUGGUGAUCCAUCACCGCGGCGUUCUGAAGCUUCACGUCCCAUAG